AUGGCAUCAAAUGAGCACGUUAUCAAGCCAUCAUCGCGAGCCUUGGCGAACCUAAAGUCGGGAAGCUUCAUCGACUUGGAAAAUGAAGCCAGCAAGCUCCCGCAGUACGACCCGGCUACGUGCCCGGGUGGAGUAAUUGAUCUCUCCGGCGCCAUCAAUGGUCUCAUGGAUGAUAUGCUGGCGGAGGAGAUGAACCAAUUUUCCAAGACGUAUGACUUUACAAAAGCAACUCGAUAUGGGGACGUUAUGGGACCCAAAGAGCUAGCUGGGGCAAUGAGCGGGUUCGUCAAUCGCUAUUUUAGCCCAGCGCGCCCAGUCAGAUCUGAUGAUAUACUGGUCACCAACGGUGUGACCUCACUCAUUGAUAUGAUGGCAUUCGGAAUGUGCGUCAGCCUGAUCAAAGUCAACCCUGACCCUAUCGAGAGCCAGUUCGACGCGCAAUCUGCCCCUGAACUCAUCAAAGUGUUGUCCGGAGCAUACGCCGCAGCCCUGAAAGACGGCAUCAUCCCCAAAGCUCUCCUCCUCUGUAACCCAAGCAACCCGUGCGGCCAGACCUACCCACGCACCAUCCUCGUCGAGAUCGCAAGAUUCUGCGGGCAGAAGAACAUGCACCUCCUAUCCGACGAGAUCUACGCCAUGUCAACUUUCACCGCAGCGCCGGGUGCAGUUGGACAGGCACUUCCUCCGUUCACCUCCGUGCUGAGUAUACGGGACGACCCGCCGCGCGGUGUGUUCGCGGAGAAUAUCCACUGCAUGUACGGCGCCAGCAAAGACUUUGGCUGCGGCGGCCUGCGGCUCGGGUUCCUCGUGACCCGGAAUGAGCCACUUUGGCGGUCUUUGAGGAGGCUGGUGCUGUUUACUUGGGUCUCGAAUUUCUCGACUGCGUUCUUCACGCACUUCUUGCUGGAUGAAGAUGCCGUCGGGAGAUACUUGACGACAUACCGAGAAAGGCUUGCGAAGCAGUACACGGUCACUGAACAGGCUUUGAGGGAGAACGGAAUCCCCUUUAGCCCGGCCAAUAGUGGAGUGUUCGUUUUCAUCAAACUGACAGGUUGGUUGGAUCAUGUCGAAGACUUGGUCGGAUUCGACGGGAGCCGCGAGAUGAGACUCUGUCGAUAUCUUUUGAAUGAAGCAGGUGUCUUCCUCAGUCCUGGAGAGCUCUCGCUUUCGACCGUCCCGGGUUGCUUCAGAUUGGUAUACACUGGCACACGGGAAGCAGUUUUUCUAGCCGUCAGCCGAAUAGCAACUGCGCUGGCAGAGCUAAAAAGCCGCCCCAGGUCGCAGUCUUCUUGGUCCACGGUGGGUGGCUACAACACGAAGAGCCUAGAUGGGGAGAGACAGGCGGGAAGGAAUUCCAUGAGGGUAUCGCGACGAAUAUCGCUUGCGCGUUUCAUACUCUGCCGCACUGCAGAAUAA